AUGGAUGCUAUCCGUGUACAUCCAGCCCCUUCGUCGCGUCGGCCGUACUCACCGUCAAAUCCGGCGCCAGCUUCUGCCUUCAACCUGGAUAGGAACGUUCCUGUUCCCAAGCCUUCAAAGCCCGGCGAGCUGCUCAUCCGCCUCAAGGCCACCACGGUGGUUCGAGACAUGCUGACAUGGCCCGAGACAUAUGCCCAUGAGUAUGCCAUCAUCGGAAACGACUUUUCCGGCAUCGUGGCCGAGAUAUAUGAGGAAAAUAGCGACUUCAAACCUGGGGAUGAGGUGUUUGGCAUGACACACGUAGAUCGUGCGGCGGCAUGGGCAGAGUUCACAAUCGCCACCCGGGAGGAAAUCGCUCACAAGCCAAGUACUUUGACCUGGGAGCAAGCAGCGGCCCUGCCCCUCAGUGCCCAAACAGCCUACGAGGCUCUCUUUAGCCAUGCAGGUGUGCCUAUUCCCUCCGUGGAAACUGCCCUGGAGAACAGAGCCGAUCCAAAUCACCCCCGCCAGAUAAUCCUGAUCACUGGAGCCGCCGGUGCUGUGGGAAUGCACCUAGUCCAGUUAGCCGCUGCUGCCGGACUCCACGUUGUGGCUGCGACGAGUUCCAAUGCCCGUAACCAAGACUUCCUCCACAGGCUAGGGGCUGAUGAGACCAUUGAAUAUACUGUGUUAGGCAAUGAUCGGUCAAGAUUCGAUUUUAUCAUUGAUGCUGUUGGUGGCGACGUUCUGGCCAAGAGUUGGGAGUGCGUGAAAGAUUACGGGAUGAUUAUAUCAGUGGACUCUGCGAGCUAUGAUUUCGUGAAAGAGCACGAAAAGCUUGGUAUACGCAGGUUGGGGGUUCGGGCGUUGUUUUUCAUUGUUGCUGGAAGCAGCGAGGCUUUGCAAUAUCUGGCGAGGCUGGCAGAGCGGGGAUGUCUGCAAUCUUUGGUCAUCGAGACAUAUCGAUUUGAUAGCGUGCGAGAAGCGUAUGAGCAUGCCAAUGGAAGACACACGGGACGUGGAAAAGUGGUCCUAGUCAAUUAA